GCUUGCUGACCUGAAAACAAUGACCGCUGACAUCGGAUCAUGCAUCUAGCAGGGGGCCCGGAUAGUGCUGCGGUGUCGGAGGCCCCCAGCAGUGGUAGCGAGGAGUCUGAUUGCGAGCAAGGGCCUGAGGCUGACGCGGAUGCGGCUUUGACUGAGGAAUGGGCGAGGGAACUGCUGGGAGGAGCGGGCGUGGUCGCUCCUCAAGAGAUUCGAGUAGAAUCUCGAGCUGGAGUCGCAGGGGCUUUGAGCAGGGUCCUCGCAGUCACCGUCCGAUACGAGAGCGCGGGUGAAUAUAGGGCGCUGCCACUGGUAGUCAAGUUACCCCCACGAGAUCCUUUCGGCAGACUGUUCGUAGCGGAGGCCCAGUUCGAUACGAGAGAGAUACUAUUUUAUACAGAGCUGGCGCCAGCGCUGAACAGGCUGGCUGGAGAGGCGCUGGGCCCUGGAGAGGGGCUAUCCAUUCCGAGAUGCAUGAAAGCUAGAUUACCAGAUGAAAUCGGCGGAGAUAGCGAGCUUGUGCUGGAAGAUGUAACGGCAGUUGGGUUCGAAUCAGCGGACUUUGCCGAGGGUCUAACAGUCGAGCGCGCAAGGUCUGCACUGUAUGCCGCUGCAAGACUCCACGCUCUUUCUCUCGCUCUGCGGGAUAGAGAGGGGCCGUUGGAUGAAAGAUUUGACUUUUUGUUCCCCUGCGAAAGAGCGGCAGCUGGAUACCUUCGUCUAGUAAGACGAGGCUUACCCCAACUGGAAGCUUUUCUCCGUGGACGCACAGACUGUAUCGAGGAAGCUGCCGCUGUAUCGGCACUCAGCGCUCGGGCACCUUCACUCUUGGGCACUUUACUCCGACCGGCUGAACCUGCCCCUCUCGUUCACGCGGAUUUUUGGAGCGGCAACCUUCUGUUUAGAGAAAGAGACGGGGAGAGUGAAUGUAUUGCUCUCGAUUGGCAAAUGGUUUCUUUGGGAAGACCGAUGGAUGACGUCGCGCUAUUGCUCCUCUCUUCUCUCACGCCGGAAAUGAGAAGAGCUGCUGGAGAAACUCUAAUAGAAGAUUAUGGGAACCGCUUGGAAGCAGAGUGCGCAAGAUUGGGAGCUGCAUCCUCGGGGAUAGCAGUCAGACGAGGUUUGAAGCCGGAUUGGCCGCGAGCAGCGCUCCGGGCUCUCUUGCUGUGUGCGGGAAGCGUGGACGUGGCUCUCGGGGAACCACGGGCGGAGACGAGGCUGCUCGAAGCCGUUCGCGAUCUACACGCACAAAACAUUCUCGCUCUAAAACCUGACUCUGAUGCGUAAGAAUUAAAACUGUGCCAAGAUAAAGUAUUCAGAGUUAACCGUUCAUCGAUUGAUAAGUCCAUGUCAGAGCAUAAUAUACUUUUGUUUCGAUAGAAGCACAAAAUGCAUUUGUGUACUCGUUGUUUACUAUUAUUUAUUUUGUGUAGUGACAUCGAUCGUUUUAUUGGAGACGCUCGGGGCUCUGGUGGUGCGCGGCGAUGCCUAAAUAAAGACUGAAUUUACGUAAUUAAAUCAUGUCUGUGACCUACAUGAGUGUGGUAUUAAUCAUUAUUAUUAUUAUUAUAGGUGACUGUUGCUCAUCGUAUAAAAGAAGCGAAAAUUUGUUUCGGUCUAUUGACUAUUAUUUGAAUAAAAAUUAAAUAAUUAUUAUUGGUACCUACAAAAUGCUAUUUUAUUUUAUCAUAAACAAUUACACAC